UUCACAGUACUGGCUGUCACGUCGUUUCGUGUCGCUUCGUUAACUCUUCAGAGCACGUCGAAUUUGUGCAGUCAUGAAACAUGGCGUAGCCUUUCGAAAAUUCUCGAGGACGUCCUCGCAUCGGAACUUAAUGUUACGGAAUCUUGUGACUUCAUUAUUUGAACAUGAGCAGAUUAGAACAACAUUAGCCAAGGCCAAAGAUACCGCCAGGCUGGCAGAGAAGAUCAUUACGCUGGGAAAGAAGAACAACGAGACAUCAUAUCGCCAGGCCCAAGCAUUUAUUUUGAAACCUCCUGUGCUCCCUAAGCUCUUCACCACCUUCGCUGAGCGUUAUGCAAACCGGCCAGGGGGCUACACUCGAAUCCAUAGGCUCGACAAUCGAACCGGAGACAAUGCACCUAUUGCUCUCCUUGAGCUUGUCGACAACCCCCGAGACUUCAAGUUAGAGAUGACUGCACGCGCAGUAGGGCGGGAACUCUUGAAUGAGAAGCUUGUAUGGGACUCACCCCGCGGUGUCGUCAAUAGCGGUGUUCCACAUGCGGAGACUGCUGUUGCAAAAGAGCUGAACUUGGGCGGAUUUGAUAGCAGUGGACUGCGGCCAACGACAAGGCGUAAUCUUCAGAAAGUCAUGAAAUAUCGAGGUCAAGAGGCAUUAACAGAUAUAGGCACCAAGGCAACAGCUUACAUCGAAACCAUGUUGGCGAAGCCAAUUGCCGAGAACAAAAUGCAACUUCGAGCUGACUCUAAGGAGAAGGAGAAAGCUCGGAAACGAGGGAACCCCAACUUUGUGGGUCACUUCCCAGUUUUGCCAGCCCGUGCGGGUGUUGCAGCACCUGGAGAAACUCGGCCUGCUAUGCGGCUUGUUCAAGGAGCACUCGGUCGGCCCGCUCGUUGGAGGGGUAGGCAUGCACUGGCAUGAUAUCAUACUUCACGCAUGUUUGAUAGUAAUCUUAGGUUCUAAUUCAUGCAUAAUGUUCGAGCUCGAGUCACGUAUGACUCUUCAGCGUGCUUCAGAUGAUCUGGUGCGUGCUCAUCAUAUGUGGCAUAAAUGUCGUGGUGUGCUAUGAUCUUCAUACAACGGACAUGUUGUGCACGAUGCAUAAGGUCGUACGUGGCGCAUGGAC